AUGGUAUUCUUACCACACUCUCAUUUUGGCGAGCUUGGACAUGUGCCAGACGAUCUCCCUAUCUGCGAGUUUAUGCUCAAUGAGAAGUACGGUCGCCUCCCGCACGACCAAUCUCUAGAUCCAUUUACCUGUGGAAUCACCGGACAGACAUACACCUCACAACAAGUAGCCAACCGAACUGACCAGAUUGCUCGGGGACUGGCAAAGGAAUUUGGAUGGGCUCCUAACAAGGGUACAGAAUGGGAUAAGUCUCUAGCUGUCUUCAGUGUCAACACGCUCGAUUCCCUGCCAUUCUUCUGGGGUGUUCACAGACUAGGCGGUCUUGUUUCACCUGCUAAUGCCGCAUAUUCUGCCGAUGAGCUUAAGCACCAGAUCCUGGAUUCGGGUGCAAAGGCUCUAUUUACAUGUGUGCCCCUUUUACCAGUUGCCCUGGAGGGUGCUGCCCUGGCUGGACUUUCUAGGAACAAGAUCUACCUGAUUGAUGUGCCCCAGCCACUUCUCGGUGGUGUCAAGCCCCCGACCGAGUUUAAGUCGGUAUCACAACUAGCCGAGGAGGGGAAGGCCCUUCCUGCAUUGGAGCCUCUGAAAUGGGGACCAGGAGAAGGAGCUCGUCGAACCGCUUUCUUGUGCUACUCUAGUGGUACUUCGGGGCUACCGAAAGGAGUCAUGAUUUCGCAUCGCAAUGUCAUCGCCAACACUCUACAACUCAAGAAAUUUGAGCAGGGCUACCGCGACCGCAUGGCCAAAGCUGAAGGCAGAUCAAGCCAUUCGAUAGUUAGUUUGGGUCUCCUCCCACAAAGCCACAUUUACUCCUUGGUUGUGAUUUGCCACGCCGGACCAUACCGUGGAGACCAAGUCAUCACUCUCCCCAAGUUCGAUAUGGCGUCUUAUUUGUCUUCUAUCCAAAACUUCAAGAUCUCAGGGCUUUACCUAGUUCCUCCUAUCAUCAUCAACAUGCUUCGGAACCACAGCGAAUGCUCCAAGUAUGACCUGAGUUCAGUCAACGGGAUCUUCACCGGAGCAGCACCUUUGGGCCCAGAGACAGCAAGUGAUUUCCAAAAGCUGUAUCCGAAGGUUAUGAUCCGACAGGGAUAUGGCUUAACGGAAACAAGCACCGUCGUCUCCUCCUCCCAUCCCGACGAUAUUUUCCCUGGCUCUUCUGGCUGUCUGAUCCCCGGUUUUGAAGCCCGUAUCGUGUCGCCUGAAGGCAAGGAUAUUACUGACUACGACACACCCGGCGAGCUUCUUGUUAGAGGGCCCAGUGUGGUUAUCGGCUACCUCAACAAUGACAAGGCUAACAAAGAAACAUUUGAAGACGGAUGGAUGCGUACUGGUGAUGAGGCAGUUGUCCGAGUUGGGCCAAAGGGUACUGAGCAUAUCGUCAUUGUCGAUCGCAUCAAAGAAUUGAUCAAGGUCAAGGGCUUACAAGUUGCACCCGCUGAACUCGAAGCACACAUCCUCGCUCACCCUGACGUAGCCGAUUGCGCAGUUAUUGCCAUUUCUGAUGAGUCUGCCGGUGAAGUUCCUAAGGCCAUUGUGGUCAAGUCACCAUCUGCGGGCCCGGAUGACGCAGUUAUCGCUUCAAUCAAGAAACAUGUGGAGGAGCACAAGGCCCGUCAUAAAUGGCUGAAGGGUGGUGUCCGAUUUGUGGAUGCUAUUCCUAAGAGUCCAAGUGGAAAGAUCUUACGGCGAGUGAUGCGGGAUCAGGAGAAGAGAGGCACGAAGGAAGGCUGGUCCGAAGCUGUAAGGAGAAGGAUAGCCAUGGCAUCCAUGGAGUUGUGCGCUUUUGGAGUUGCGGAGUCGUGCCAGUCAUAA